AUUCAAUAAAGACUGUAAGAAUGGUCCACAUCAAAUCGAAAAAAAAAAAAAAGAAUGGUCCUCUCACCUUCUGAAAGCGUAUUUUUGUUUCGACUCUCAGAAAAGUGCAGCCCCCCUCCAUCCUCUUGCUUGUUCCUACCUUCCCUUUCUCCUAAUCACCGUCUCUGCCUUUUCACGGCUGGAAUUUUGGUGUCUGUGAAUAGGUCUAUUUUCUCAUUUUGUUGAAAAUGGAAUUUUCCAUUUUCUUUAUUCCUUUUACGUGAUCUUCAAGCAAAGCAUUUAAAAAGCUGACUUCUGUGGUCGUGUUUGGAUUGGAAAUCCCUUCCGGAGAUUUGAGGAUGCUAAAAUAGAAUGGCCAGCGGCUGUGGUUAUGGCCUCAUGGAGAAGUGGGUCUGACUGUCAGAAAGAUGCCAGCGAGUUCCAUCUCCUGCGGCGGAGGCGGCGGCGCGACGGCGGCGUCAAGUGCGGGGUCGUGGAUGACGAGACCCAGCUGGCGGGGGGCGCGGAGCCGGUGGGCGAGGACGCCACCACGCAAUGGGCGCCACGGGACCGAGCGCCACAGCGCCCGGGGCACCGAACAGGAACUGGAAGCCUAAGAAAGAAGCGAUUUGUGUCCAGCCCCCGCUAUGUGGAAACGAUGCUUGUGGCUGACCAGUCCAUGGCCGAGUUCCACGGCCGCGGGCUAAGGCACUACCUCCUGACCUUGUUCUCCGUAGCCGCCCGGUUAUACAAACACCCCAGCAUUCGCAAUUCAGUGAGCUUGGUGGUGGUAAAGAUCCUGGUCAUCUACGAGGAAGAGAAGGGCCCAGAAGUGACUUCCAAUGCUGCCCUUACCCUUCGGAACUUCUGCGGCUGGCAGAAACAGCACAAACCGCCCAGUGACCGGGAUGCGGAGCACUAUGACACGGCAAUUCUGUUCACCAGACAGGACCUGUGUGGUGCCCAGACAUGUGAUACUCUUGGGAUGGCGGAUGUUGGAACUAUAUGUGAUCCCAGUAGAAGCUGCUCUGUCAUAGAGGAUGAUGGCUUACAAGCCGCCUUCACUGCCGCCCACGAAUUAGGCCAUGUGUUUAACAUGCCCCAUGAUGAUGCCAAGCAGUGUGCUGGCAUUAAUGGUGUCAACCGGGAUUCCCACAUGAUGGCGUCAAUGCUUUCCAAUCUGAACCACAGCCAGCCCUGGUCUCCCUGCAGUGCCUCCAUGAUUACAACAUUUCUGGAUAAUUGUCAUGGUGAAUGUUUGAUGGACGAGCCCCGGGUUGCCAUACAGCUGCCCUCCAAUCUCCCGGGGACCUUGUACAAUGCCGACCGGCAGUGCCAGUUCACGUUCGGAGAGGAGUCCAAACACUGCCCAGACGCGGCCAGCACCUGCUCGAUUCUCUGGUGCACGGGCACCUCUGGCGGAUUGCCCGUGUGCCAGACCAAACACUUCCCCUGGGCUGACGGCACCAGCUGCGGAGAGGGGAAAUGGUGUGUCAACAGCGAGUGCCUGAACAAGAGCGACAAGAAGCACUUUGAUACCCCUGUUCACGGAAGCUGGGGGCCGUGGGGGCCCUGGGGAGACUGCUCGAGAACGUGUGGAGGCGGAGUUCAAUAUAGGAUGAGGGAGUGUGACAACCCGGUGCCGAAGAACGGAGGAAAAUACUGCGAGGGCAAGCGCAUGCGCUACAGGUCCUGCAACAUCCAGGACUGUCCGGAGAUUAACGGAAAAAGCUUUAGAGAGGAACAGUGUGAGGCACACAAUGAAUUCUCCAAAGCUUCCUUUGGCAGCGGGCCCGCAGUGGAGUGGAUACCCAAAUACGCAGGAGUCUCACCCAAGGACAGGUGCAAGCUUAUCUGUCAAGCCAAAGGCAUUGGCUACUUCUUCGUUUUGCAGCCCAAGGUGGUGGAUGGCACCCCUUGUAGCCCAGAUUCCACCUCCGUCUGUGUGCAAGGACAGUGUGUAAAAGCUGGCUGUGAUCGCAUCAUAGACUCCAAAAAGAAGUUCGAUAAAUGUGGCAUCUGUGGAGGAAGUGGAUCUACAUGCAAAAAAAUAUCAGGAUCAGUUACCAGUGCAAAACCCGGCUAUCAUGGUAUCGUCACAAUUCCAACCGGAGCCACAAACAUCGAAGCGAAGCAACGGAAUCAGAGAGGAUCCAGAAAUAACGGGAGCUUCCUGGCCAUCAAAGCUGCCGACGGCACGUAUAUCCUGAACGGUGACUUCACUCUGUCCACUUUGGAGCAAGACAUCACGUACAAAGGUACUGUCCUGAGGUACAGCGGCUCCUCGGCGGCACUAGAAAGAAUCCGAAGCUUCAGCCCUCUCAAGGAGCCCUUAACCAUCCAAGUCCUGACAGUGGGCAAUGCCCUCCGACCCAAAAUUAAAUACACCUAUUUCAUGAAGAAGAGGAAGGAAUCUUUCAAUGCCAUCCCUACUUUCUCGGAGUGGGUCAUUGAAGAGUGGGGUGAGUGUUCCAAGUCAUGUGGGCUGGGUGUGCAGAGAAGGCUCGUGGAGUGCCGGGACAUCAACAGACAGCCUGCUUCAGAGUGCACCAAGGAAGUGAAGCCAGCCGGCACCAGACCUUGUGCGAACCUGCCUUGCCCCCGCUGGUAGCUGGGGGACUGGUCGCCGUGUUCCAAGACUUGCGGGAAGGGUUACAAGAAGAGAACCUUGCAGUGUCUGUCCCAUGAUGGGGGGGUGUUGUCUCAUGAGAGCUGCGAUCCUUUAAAGAAACCUAAACACCACAUAGCCUUCUGCACGAUGGCAGAGUGCAGUUAAGCAGGGGUGGUGCUGAGGGAUGGGGCAGUGGGGAAGGGCUGAUGCACUGAAAUCAAGAGGGCUGGAGGAAUCCAGGGUGCCUUGCCCUGGUGAUCAACCAGGGGUGGUGAUGAGUUGGGAGGUAGAGGUAGGUAGAAAAGAAGUUAGAUCAUCAGUUUCCUGCCAGUUACAAACCUGAUAGUGUAGUUUAUGAGGACUAUUCCUAUCUGACCAAUGAGGUAGCAUAAGAGAGCCCCAGGGCAUUAUCAUUUCUUUUGUGAGGUUCCUGACAAGUUCUGAUGAAAAUAGAAGCAAUGGUCAAAAGUAAGUUUAAGAAAUAUGAACAACCCCUGCUUCCUGAUACUGACGAAAUACUGUGUAUCAUGGAGGUUGGGAAAUGAAAUGCAGGAAGAAGGUGAGAUUUUUGCUUUAAGACAUGGCUUACUUUACCUCACUAUGAAUGGAGGGAGAAAGGAAUGCACAUAGGAUCUUUGACCAUCACUGUUCCCGGCUGCCAUGGUUUCAGAGAAUGUUUAUGCCGUCUUGGAGUUAAGAAUUCAGGACUGUCCAGCACAAGAUAUGCUUCGCAAUGUCCAUGACUCACAUGACUCCCAUAUUUCCUCUCUUGUGUUAUUAUUGUGUCUUUCUUUGUGAAUUCCUUUUGACCUAGAAACAAUUGCAUGUAUUUGUAAACAUACCAUAAAUUCUACAAGGGGAAAAAAAAACCAGUAGUGAUGUAUCAGAUGCUAGUAAAAGCUUGAGGAGGCCUCAUGACCUGGGGCCCUCCUUUAUUUCUUUCCUCCUGAUGUAAGCCGACUGAAGGAAUGUGGAUGCGGGGGGGAAAAAAAAAACACAAAAAAACAGUUUGUGUCUGAAGAGAAUCAGUAAGAUCACCAAAAAAAAAAAAA